AUAUAGUAUUUAAUGAGUGAACGCAUGAGUCAUGUGAUCCAUAAAAACCACGUUUUGUUGUUUGACGUGAUUUUCUGACCAUUUGUUGUUAUAUCACUAUUUAGUCGAUCAUUUGGAUCCAAUUGUGGUGAUAGUGUCAUACAAUGCCGCAGAACGAGCACAUCGAGCUCUUCAACAAGCGGUACGGCCGACGGCUUGACUAUGAGGAGAGAAAACGCAAGAAAGAGGCCCGAAGUGUGCGGGAAGUGUCGGCAAAGGCCAAGAAGUUAAGAGGAAUUAAAGCCAAACUGUAUAACAAACAGAGGUUUAAUGAAAAGAUUCAAAUGAAGAAAACAUUGAAAGCACACGAAGAGAAAAAUACUAAGAAAAARGCCGACAAAGAGGUUACCGAUGGAGCCGUUCCGCACUAUCUGUUGGACAGAGAGACUCAAACUCGCGCUAAAGUGCUGUCAAAUAUGAUUAAACAGAAACGUAAAGAAAAAGCCGGUAAAUGGGAUGUUCCCAUACCUAAGGUUAAGGCCAUCUCAGAAAUGGAGGUUUUCAGAGCCAUUAAUACUGGUAAACGAAAGAAGAAAUCAUGGAAACGAAUGGUUACUAAAGUGUGUUACGUCGGCGAAGGAUUCACUCGAAAGCCACCAAAGUUUGAACGAUUUAUACGUCCGAUGGCCUUACGGUUUAAGACGGCACACGUAACACAUCCAGAACUGAAAGCUACCUUUCAUUUGCCGAUAAUCGGCGUUAAGAAGAAUCCGAGUUCACCGAUGUAUACAUCGCUCGGUGUUAUCACUAAAGGAACAGUUAUUGAAGUGAAUAUCAGUGAAUUGGGUUUAGUUACCCAAUCAGGUAAAGUGGUUUGGGGUAAAUACGCUCAGGUGACCAAUAAUCCCGAAAAUGAUGGUUGUAUUAAUGCUGUACUACUCGUCUAAUUGUUUUUUAAAAUGUUUAUUUAGUUCAAUAUUUUGUGUAA